AUGUCAUUCUAUAGAACCCGUGAACGUAUUGAUUAUUCGUAUGCGAUUAUUGAUAAUGCAUUCUUAUUCGCUGGUAAUGAGAUUACUGAUUUGGGUAUUGUAUUUGAUAGUGUGUUAAAUGUUCAUCAUGCCCAUUUAGAUAACAUGUGUUGUAAAACAUUAAAAACUUUGGAUCUUAUAAAAAGAAUUUGUAAUGCAUUUAAACAAGUGACUCCUAUGAAAUUCUUAUGUUGUGCCUUUGUGAGGCAAUUUUGGAGUAUGGAGCUGUUGUGUGGGAUCAUGUACCUCUUGUGGGAUGAAUCAAAUUUAACGUGUUCAAUGAAAAUGUCUUAA